AUGGACAACUGCACACAUCAUCCCAUACCCAGCCCGAAGCUUGCUUCUCCCGCUCCCGCGCCGGCGCCACCCGCCGCCGCGCUGCAAGAAGCCACCGGCGACUCGGAGUCCGACGCCCCCGUGUCGGCCUCCACAGUAGGGGACCGUCGUCCAUCGGUGGCAGCUGCCUACGCCGAGGACGACGCCGAGUCCUGCAGCGGCGCCGGUGGCGAUAAAAGUCGCGUCGACGCUGCUAGCGUCGACGACGACGACGGCCGUGGCGCACACGGCGACGUGGUCGACGUGGAGGCUGACGAGAACGAAGAAGUCGACAGCAGGAUGUCCGUCCCGUGGUGGCGCCGGAUGGUGCAGGACGCUGCGGGCAGUGCCAGCGGUGGGAGCUGCGCGCGGCCGCAGGCGGCCGCGGCGGCUGUUGUGGCCGGACCCGGGCAUACGGCCGAGAGCAACAGGCUCUUCUGGGAGGCUUGCAUUGCGCAUGGAUACUAG